AAAUAGUAUUGUGAUAUACAUUGAUAUAUUGCCAGAUCCAGGAAUUUGCAGCGCAACUGUAGCAAUAAUGAUUAUAACUGAUUAAAGUAUUGAGUAUUUGAUACACUAUGCGAUUUAUUUAGCGCUUGGCAGUAUUCUCAACGGUGGGGUUUUGGUUCCGACAAGUGGCGCGGCUCCCCAGCUCUUCAGGGGUUGUGGCUCGCUAGCCAAGUAAUACUACUAAUGGCCAGAUCUUCGCCAGUCCAAUAUCUCCCGCCCAAGUCUAUUCAAUAUUGAACACAUGCUUUUUUUUUUUUUUUUUUUUUUUUUUUUCAUUAAAGAGCAAGCGAGCGAAUGCAACAUACGUGACAAAGCUGCGCCCUGCUACGACAUAUGAGAAACCGCUGUGUCUCUUAAAUGCCGAUAUCAUUAUAGGCUCCCCGGUUCGACUUCGUUUGAAUUGAGGGUAUCAGAGGUGCAUAUAUUCCACGAUCUUGAUGGCGCACAACUACGAGGUCGGAACAAGGGCCUGGCAGCCCGAGCCGACUGAAGGAUGGGUUGCAUCCGAAGUCAAGGAGAAGUUGGUUGAUGGGGAGAAAGUGCAGCUGGUGUUCGAGUUGGAAAAUGGAGAGACAAAAACAAUCGAAACAACCCAAGCCGAGCUCCAGGUGGACAAUAACCCAAAGUUGCCCCCGCUAAUGAAUCCUGCGAUGCUUGAAGCUAGUGAGGAUCUUACAAAUUUAUCUCACCUGAAUGAACCAGCUGUCCUUCAGGCUAUAAAACUCCGCUAUGCCCAAAAAGAGAUAUAUACCUACAGUGGGAUUGUACUAAUCGCAACAAAUCCCUUUGCUCGGGUAGACUCGCUCUACGUCCCGCAAAUGGUGCAGGUGUACGCGGGGAAGAAUCGAGCUUCACAGGCACCGCAUCUGUUCGCUAUUGCGGAGGAGGCAUUUGCAGAUAUGCUUCGGGAUGGGCAGAAUCAGACGAUCGUGGUCUCCGGUGAAUCAGGUGCCGGCAAGACAGUUAGCGCCAAGUACAUUAUGCGUUAUUUUGCGACUCGCGAGUCCUCAGAUCAGCCUGGAAAAUACACCACGAGCAGAGCAGAUGCGAUCAGUGAAACUGAAGAGCAGAUAUUGGCGACUAAUCCAGUGAUGGAAGCCUUCGGAAACGCCAAGACAACUCGGAAUGACAAUUCUUCACGAUUCGGCAAAUAUAUUGAAAUAAUGUUUGACCAGAAUACGAACAUCAUCGGCGCGAAGAUUAGAACGUAUCUCCUGGAAAGAUCGAGAUUAGUGUUUCAGCCCCUGAAAGAGCGCAACUACCAUAUUUUUUACCAGCUCGUGGCUGGUGCAUCGGACUCUGAGAAACAAGAACUUGGCCUAAUGUCAGUUGAAGAUUUCGACUAUCUCAACCAAGGUGGUACAUCAACAAUAGAUGGCGUCGACGAUAAGGCUGAAUUAAACGCAACAAGGAAGUCGUUGUCCACAAUUGGUGUACCGGAACAGACACAAGCGGAAAUCUUCCGUAUCCUUGCAGCUUUGCUGCAUCUUGGAAAUGUCAAGAUUGCAGCUACACGAACCGAGUCCUCCUUGUCCUCAGAGGAACCAUCUCUUGUUCGCGCUUGCGAACUGUUUGGGAUUGAUGCCAAUGAAUUUGCAAGGUGGAUCGUCAAGAAACAGCUUAUCACCAGAGGAGAGAAAAUCACAUCAAACUUGACACAGCAACAAGCCAUAGUCGUUCGGGAUUCAGUUGCUAAGUUUAUUUACUCCAGCCUGUUCGACUGGCUCGUGAAUAAAAUCAAUCAUGGCCUAGCAAGAGAUGAGGUCCUGGACAGAGUGAAAUGCUUCAUUGGCGUGCUAGAUAUCUACGGGUUUGAGCAUUUUGCCAAGAAUUCUUUUGAGCAAUUCUGCAUCAAUUACGCCAACGAGAAACUACAGCAGGAAUUCAACCAGCAUGUUUUCAAACUCGAACAAGAAGAAUACGUGCGGGAGCAAAUCGAUUGGACUUUCAUUGACUUCUCGGACAAUCAACCAUGCAUCGAUCUUAUCGAAGCGAAGCUUGGAAUUCUAUCCCUGCUAGACGAAGAGUCAAGGUUGCCUAUGGGUUCUGAUGAACAGUUUGUGACGAAGCUUCAUCACAAUUUCGCCGCCGACAAGCAGAAAUUCUACAAGAAACCUCGUUUCGGAAAAUCAGCCUUCACUAUUUGCCAUUAUGCUGUUGAUGUCACCUACGAGUCUGAUGGUUUCAUUGAAAAGAACAGGGACACUGUUCCAGAUGAGCACAUGGAGAUUCUACGCAACUCCUCGAAUGAGUUUGUGAAGGAGAUCUUGGAUACGGCCGCUGUUGUUCGCGAAAAAGAUUCGGCCUCAAUCUCCUCGUCCAAACCAGUUGCAGCCCCAGGGCGCCGGAUCGGUGUCGCUGUUAACCGCAAGCCUACGCUGGGUGGGAUUUUCAAGUCUUCGUUGAUCGAACUCAUGAACACAAUUAAUUCCACCGAUGUGCAUUAUAUACGCUGCAUUAAACCCAACGAGGCGAAAGAGCCCUGGCAAUUCCAAGGACCCAUGGUGCUCAGUCAGCUGAGAGCUUGUGGUGUUCUUGAGACAGUUCGGAUAAGCACCGCUGGCUAUCCAACUCGCUGGACGUAUGAAGAAUUCGCCAUUCGCUACUACAUGUUGUGCCACUCCUCUCAAUGGACCUCUGAGAUCAAGGAGAUGUGCCAUGCCAUUUUGCAGAAGGCUCUAGGGGAUGGUACUCAGCAGAAGCAGGAUAAGUACCAGCUCGGUUUGACGAAGAUAUUUUUCAGGGCAGGAAUGCUCGCUUUCCUUGAGAAUCUUCGUACCUCAAGAUUGAAUGAGUGUGCAAUCAUGAUUCAAAAGAAUUUGCGAUGCAAGUAUUAUCGACGUCGAUACCUUCAUGCGCGUGAUUCCAUUCUCACUACGCAGGCUUUGAUAAGGGGGUUCUUGGCAAGACAACGCGCGAAUGAAGUGCGACAAGACCAGGCCGCAACAACGAUUCAAAGAGUGUGGAGGGGUCAGAAGGAGAGAAAGCACUAUAACCAGAUUCGUGGGGACUUUAUACUCUUCCAGUCGGUUGCUAAGGGUUUCCUCCGUCGCCGGAACAUAAUGAACACGAUACUUGGCAAUGCGGCGAAGACCAUUCAGCGAGCAUUCCGAUCGUGGUGUCAAUUGCGUGACUGGCGACAAUAUCGUCGAAAAGUUGUGAUGGUUCAGAAUCUCUGGAGAGGAAAACAAGCUAGAAGCCAGUACAAGAAGCUACGUGAGGAUGCAAGAGAUUUGAAGCAGAUCUCCUACAACUUGGAAAACAAGGUGGUGGAGUUGACUCAGUAUCUUGAAUCAUUGAAACGGGAAAACAAAACAUUGAAUUCGCAACUAGAAAAUUACGACACCCAAGUUAAAUCUUGGAGAAGCCGCCAUAAUGCGUUGGAAGCACGUUCUCGUGAGCUGCAGGCCGAAGCUAAUCAAGCCGGUAUUGCCACUGCUCGGCUUACUGCGCUUGAGGAGGAGAUGAACAAAUUGCAACAAAAUCACAACGAGGCGCAGGCGAACAUCAAACGCCUACAAGAAGAGGAGAAAGCGUCAAGAGAGUCCAUCCAGUCCGCUAAUCUCGAGUUAGAACGGCUUCAAAAGCUUGACGCGGAGCACGAAAAUGACAAAGCUACCCUCCGCCAACAGGUUGCCGACCUCGAAGAGCAGCUGGAGCUUGCGAAGCGGAAUGUACCCAUGAAUGGGGGCAACGCAGACCCACUGAAUGGAGGCCCUAUUCAGCCGCCUGCCAGCGGCUUAAUAAACUUGGUUUCCUCCAAGAAGCCCAAACCCAAGCGGCGCAGUGCUGGUGCGGAAAGAAUUGAUACUGAUCGCUUUAGCGGGGCAUAUAAUCCCCGGCCCGUGUCUAUGGCAAUCCCAACUUCCUCUGUUGGACGACAAAAUCUGGCAGGCUCCUCAUUUUCACCAGGCUUGGAUACCGUUGAGGUGGAACUCGAAAAUCUGUUGUCGGAAGAGGACGAACUCAACGAGGAGGUUACGAUGGGCCUGAUUCGCAAUCUUAAAAUUCCGCUGCCCAGCUCUACUCCGCCACCGACUGAGAAAGAGGUCCUCUUCCCCGCUUAUCUCAUUAAUCUUGUCACUUCAGAAAUGUGGAAUAACGGCUUUGUCAAGGAGUCCGAACGCUUCCUGGCUAAUGUCAUGCAAUCUAUUCAGCAAGAGGUCAUGCAGCAUGAUGGUGACGAUGCUAUCAACCCGGGAGCGUUUUGGCUUUCUAAUGUACACGAAAUGCUCUCCUUCGUAUUCCUUGCUGAAGACUGGUACGAAGCGCAAAAGACGGAUAAUUACGAAUAUGAUCGCCUUUUGGAAAUCGUCAAACACGACUUGGAGAGCUUGGAGUUCAACAUUUACCACACAUGGAUGAAAGUCUUGAAAAAGAAACUUUACAAGAUGAUAGUCCCUGCCAUUAUCGAAUCGCAGUCUCUUCCUGGAUUUGUCACGAGCGAAACGAAUCGAUUCCUUGGGAAACUUCUUCCUUCUAACAAUAACCCGGCUUAUAGCAUGGACAACCUUCUUAGCCUUCUGAAUAACGCUUACAAGGCAAUGAGAGCCUUCUAUCUGGAGGACUCCAUCAUCACACAAACAGUUACAGAGCUUCUCCGAUUAGUCGGUGUUACGGCUUUCAACGAUCUGCUAAUGCGACGAAACUUCUUGUCUUGGAAGCGCGGCCUUCAAAUCAACUACAACAUUACGCGGAUUGAAGAAUGGUGCAAAAGCCACGACAUGCCAGAAGGCACUCUGCAGCUCGAACAUCUCAUGCAAGCAACCAAGCUCCUUCAGUUGAAGAAGGCGACCCUUAAUGACAUCGAAAUAAUUCAAGAUAUCUGUUGGAUGCUCUCUCCGAACCAAAUCCAGAAACUGUUGAACCAGUACCUUGUCGCGGAUUAUGAGCAGCCAAUAAACGGCGAGAUCAUGAAGGCCGUUGCUUCUCGGGUCACAGAAAAGAGCGACGUAUUGCUUUUGACACCCGUUGAUAUGGAAGAUAGCGGGCCAUACGAAAUUGCCGAACCACGUGUUAUUACGGCCUUGGAAACCUAUACGCCGUCUUGGCUUCAAACGCCGCGAUUGAAGCGUCUUGCUGAAAUUGUCUCGGCUCAAGCAAUGGCCCAGCAAGAGAAGCUCGAGAUGGCAGAGAAUGGCGCCGCUACGCCGAUUGAUGGAUAGUGUAUAGUAGGAGAGUGUUUUGCUAUUUUGUCUCAAACGUGGAUGGACCAUGAUACGAGUUUUGCAUCUGUGGAAUGUGGAAUUGGAUACUAUCAUCCUUCUUUCCAUUUUUUGAAAUGUGACAUGAUAUAUGGUUGCAAUCUACAAUAUAUAGUGAAGAAUAUCUUAGCAUCUACGAAAGAGGAUCUUAGAGCCAUUCAAGAAACGAUCACCUGGACCGUAAUUAGUUAUAGUAUGACACUCGGGCUUACUAUCAUGUCGAUGAUUUUUAACACUACAGCAAA